UCAAAGAAAUAUUGGAAUUCAGACGUUAUUUGUGGAAACCAAAUUUGUAAAAGAAUCAUGAUAGCAAAGGUUUUAUUUGCAGCAGCUUUGUGUGCAGCUGCCUACGCAAGUCAUCAUGAUCAUCAUGAGCACCACCAUCAUCAUCCUCAACCCUAUAAAUUUGGAUACGAAAUCAAAGACCACCAUGGAUCUCAACACAGACACGAACACGGUGAUGGUCAUGGACACGUUCAGGGAAGCUAUGGCUUCACUGAUCAUCGAGGCAUCCACAGAGAAGUUCAUUACGUGGCUGACAAGCAGGGAUUCAGAGCCACUGUGAAGACUAACGAACCAGGAACCGCCAAUCAGGAUCCCGCUCACGUUAAGGUCCAUUCUGAUGCUCAUCAUGCUCACCAUCACCAUGAGCCCCAUCAUCAUGGACAUCAUCACCAAGAGCAUCAUCAUCAUGGCCAUCAUCACCACGGACAUGCCAAAGUGUAUCAUCAUCAAGGACACCAUCAUGGUUAA